AUGAGUGCAGGUUCCAGAGCUUCCGGUUCGGAUGACGAGCCUUUGGUGCCGGAAGAUUUCGAUGAUGAUUUCUAUACAAACUUAAUGGACAAAGUGCCAGAGAUAACCAAAGCGCUGCGCCAAAAGGAUACCCACGAUAACGCCGAUAAUGUGCAGCGCAUGGUAAUUUGCUCCAAUCGCUACAAGUCCGACUGGCAUAUGGAGCAGUUACACGGUCAAGAGCUCGACGAAGAAAUAAAACGCUUGAAAGACCGACUCGAGCAUGUGAAUAAGUUGAGUCGAAUGGAUCAGGCUACGAUCGCCGAGUUGCGAACCGUUAUCGAAAGUGCGUGGAUGCAAAAGGACGCCGCACAAUCACGUGAGCAAGCCGCACAGGAUGAAAUGCUGAAGAUGAGAGAAAAAGUAAGUUCGCUGGAGCAAAUGGUGGAACAUUUAAGCGAUAAGCGCUCUGGACUGCAGAGUAAACGCGAUGAACAGAAGGAACGGGAUAAACUCAAUAAUGAGAUCCGUGAUCUCAAUAAACGUCUACAAAUACAGCGACUCUACACUGCCGAAGUGGAAGCCAUGACACAAACGCUGGAGGAAAAGAAUAAAGCCAUGGUCAAAUUGCUGGAUGAAACAUCCAACGAGUCCUACAAYAACCGCAAACGCUUGGACGCGCUAGAAAAAGAACUUGCGCAGACACGCACUGAAGAAACCAAAGCCAAAGAGAAAAUCCUACAAAUCCAAGUACACAAUGCACAGUUAACCAAGAUGAAAGUGCGACAAAAUCUACAAAUACUCUCACUGAAGACUAAUCUGGACCAUCUGCAGACGCAACACAACACYGUCAGCAACAAAUUGGCAAAAGCCAUAGUCGAACUCGAAUAUACGACACAGGACCGCGACGAGAACAAGCGAGCUUUAGCACAACGCAUCAGUCUGCUGAAGUUACGCGAAGAUGAAAUUAUCAAGCUGAAGCGCGAGAACGCAAAGCUGCUCAAAACCGAAGAGAAUACAACACGGAAAUUCGUCGCKCUAAAUGAUGCACGCGUCAAGGCUGAGGAGGAGAAUGUGCGCUUAAAAAAUCAGCUGAGCACACAGGAUAAGGAAUUGGAAUCAAUGCGACGAAUUGUACAUCAAUUCGAGAAGAACAAUGAACAUCUUACCAAGGAAAGAGACAGCCUGAGGAGUGACUUAUUCGCAGAACAUCAGAUGGCCGAACAAACAGAUGAACAGUUCCAAGAAUCACAGCACGAAAUAAAGUCGCUUAAAGAAACCUUACAUGCCAUGGAAGUGCGUCAGAAGAAACUGCAAGACGACUAUACGAAAUUGAAGAAAGAGCAAACGAAGAAAGUGGAUGAUAUACAACAUUUGGUGGAUAAAAUCGAUGCGCUGCAAAAUGAAAUACAACUCAAAGAAAACUACGAGAUCGAGCUCAAGCGCACUAUAAGCGACCUCGAACAGAAAGCUAGUAAUCUACAACGUCWGCACGACGCCUUAUUAAAUGAGAAAAAUAGCUUCGCUCGAAAUCUACAAGCCUCCGAUGAUAAACAUACCAAACUAGAAAAGCAAAUCGCCAAACUUCAAGAAAUCAUCGAGAACUACAAGAACAAAGUCACACUACGUGAUGCCGAUAUCGGACGACUGCAGCUACAAAUCGACAAACUCGAAAAAGAGCGUCGAUUGCUAAAGUCCGAGGUACGUUAUGCACAGCUUGGGCAUCAACAUACACGCUGUGAACUCCAGGAACGUAAGAAAGAAUGCGACAAGUACUCGAAAUCGCUACAGGAAGAUAACCAGAAGCUAUCACAGCUCAAACGUGAAGUCGAACACCUGAGAGACGAAAAGAAUACCGUCUCUGCGACGCUAACGAAAUGCAAUGAAGAGAGUGUACAAUUAAAGGAUCAACUGCAAACCCUGCAAAUAGCUUACGAUCAGUCGGAAAAACAUUACGCACAGUGCCAAGAGGAUAUACGACUGAUGCGAGUAGAGAUCAAGAAUAUGCGUACCGAACGUAAUGUCUUGCGCAAAGAUCGCGAGAAUUCGGCAGAUUUGCGGCAGGAGCUACUACAAAUGCACAGGCUGCUCAAUCAGGAACGAAUCAAGGCGCGUGCCAUGCAGGAAGAGAUGAUGACGCCAAUGAAUGUACAUCGUUGGCGCAGUCUUAAGGGACGUGAUCCGGAAAAGAUGGAUCUCAUAUUUAAAAUACAAGCAUUGAGAAAGCAGAUUCUACAACAAAACGUGUCUGCGCUGCAGCAAGAGCAAGCACUUGAGGAAUCACAGCGUCUAUAUGAGGCGCUGAAAGAGUUCAUGCUCAAACUGCCGAGUCACAAAGUACGCGCUGAGCUGAACAAUGUUAGGUCUACUUUGUCCAGCAAAGAACGCAAGCUGAAAGCGCUCAUGGCCGAGCUGCAUGUUAAAGAUCUGGAUGAGAAGAAUAAUACACAAAAGUUAGAUGAGCUCAAGCUACGUCUCACCGAUGCCAAAUCGCAACUUAAUCAAGAACGUAGACAGAAACAAAAGCUGUUGGAGGAACAUCAACUUCUCGUACAAAUGCAAGCACAAUGCUUCUCGGCACCGCCAACAAUGCAACGCACGCUCGGUGCUGGCUUUAAACUGAUCAAAGGAGUUUGA